CUUCACAUGACAAAUAGAUUUCAGUUCUCACAGUUCAUAUUAUUCAACAUUUUAUUUAUUUUCUGUAUAUCUUUCAAAAUUUUCAGUGUCAGCUGUAGACUUUUUAAACAUGAGUCUAGAAUUCAAAGUAUUUACCUUAAAUUGCUGGGCAAUUCCAUUACCCACUCUUUCUAAAAACAGAAAACGACGAAUAAAAGCGAUUGCAGAACAUUUAUCAAAUAGUAAUUAUGAUGUUGUAUGCCUUCAAGAAAUAUGGAGUGAUCAGGACUAUUAUUUAAUUAAAGAUGAGGUGGCUGGAGUUCUCCCAUAUUCUCAUUAUUUUUACAGUGGAGUCACUGGUUCUGGAAUUUGUAUAUAUUCGAAACAUGUAAUUGAAGAUACCUUCUUUCAUCAGUAUUCAUUAAAUGGUUAUAUUCACAAGUUACAACAUGGUGACUGGUUUGGUGGAAAGGGAAUUGGACUGUGUAAACUAACAGUUAGUGGUUUUAGUGUAAAUAUUUAUUCUGCUCAUUUACAUGCUGAAUAUAAUCGCAAUAAUGAUGAAUAUGAAGCUCAUAGAAUUUUACAGGCAUAUGAUGUUGCUCAGUUUAUUAAGCUCACUUCCCAAGGUGUUGAUUUAACAGUAUUAGCAGGUGAUCUGAAUACUCUACCUGGUGAUAUUGCCUAUAGGCUAAUAUUAAUCAUACCUGGUCUAGUAGACUCCUUCGAAUAUGCAAAUGUACCGAAAGAACACAUAGCAACAUGUGAAAGUCUAAGAAAUACUUAUACACCCAGCAGUUAUGUGAAGCAGAAGAUUCCAGGACAGCGGAUAGACUUUAUCAUGUACCAUCCAGGCUCAAAACUUCAGGUAGAAAUGAGAAACUAUAGACUGCCCCUGCCAGACCGUGUUCCUCAAUGUACUUUUAGUUAUUCUGACCACGAAGCCGUGGAAGUGACUCUAGAAAUAAGUAAAAAGGCGGCUAUGACCUAUUCUAGGAACGAACACGACUUGCAAAACAUCUUACAUGAAUCUAUUUUAAUAUUAGACCGUGGUCUAGCUAGUAUAUAUACACAUAAAAUUCUCUACUCCGUUUUAGGUAUCAUACUUUUCUGUUCACUGAUAGUCACGUUCACAUUUGACGUUCCUAUAGGUUUCAUAGUACUCUAUAAUAUUCUGAAGGUUUUAAUUGGACUUGGAUGGGCAUUUUGUCUUCUAAUGGCCACUGUUUGGAAUAAAAUAGAGAGGCAUGGAGUGCUUGCUGGAAAAUCGGCCAUAGAAGUACACCUUAAAAAAUCAUCAUCGUGACAUACCUGUUAUAAUCGUUGGUAGAGUAAGCAUAUGAAGUGAACCAAUUAUUGUUACCAUCCUACAAAAAAUAUAUGUAUGUGCAUAUCAACAAUUUUAAUUUAUGUGAUCAGUUGUAUAUAAAAACAUUGAUGAAUGUAGCAUGGAAGUCAAAUGUUACUUUUUACUUGUUUUUUUCUCAUGUCAUUGAAUACUUACACACACACACACACACACAUAUAUAUAUAUAUAUAUAUAUAUAUAUAUAUAUAUAUAUAUAUAUAUAUAUAUAUAUAUAUAUAUAUAUAUGCGUGAGUUUGUGAAUAAAAUAGAAAAAAAACGUAUUACAAUGACAUUGUUUGUCUCUUUUCUUUAAAGAUAACAAGAUGGUGCCUGAUAUGGUCAUAUGAUAUCUACAAACGCGCGUCAAAAGUAAUUUGCAAUUUUCUAUUUUAAACAAACAAUUUGCAAAGAACAUACGAACAUGGAUAUUCACAUCUCGUCUGUUUGGCACUGCAUUACACGGCUGAAAGCUAUCAUCGAUAUACGAAUUGAUGUUUCUCAUCUUGUCUGUAGCAAGCUGUAUCUUAUGAUGCCGUAUAUAUAUAUAUAUAUAUAUAUAUAUAUAUAUAUAUAUAUAUAUAUAUAUAUAUAUAUAUAGACAUAUGUAGACAAGUAUUCCAUUAGGUUCGUGUCGGCUAAUGAUCCAGUCAAUCACAGAAAAAUCAUAUAUUCAUAUUAAGCCAUGUAUUUUUUUCCAUUGAAGCAAUCAAACGCAUAAUAGCAAUAGUUUCUGUAAGAAAUCCAUCAUUUAAUCAUAUUCUUGGUUUGGACGGUGUGUUUUUUGGGCAACCUCUUAUAUGGAUCAAUCUUAACGCUACAUUUGUAGAUACGUAACUGAUUUCUGAGAUGCACAUUUUAUCUCUGGACACAUUUGAUAAUUUGCGUAAAUCGCUACCUCGGUUCUUGGUUUUCGCCUCUGGGCAUGAGUUCCUGGUUUAUCGUAACCAACAAGUUGUUGAUGCUCCUGGAGAAGUUACAGAAUAAAACGUUGAGAUAAACCCACAGACAUGUCCAAAAACGCCAUGGUCCAAACCCAGAAGACGAUUAGAUUCUUUCUAUGGCCGUGAAAACCUCAUUUAAGAUAUCUAGUUUAAAUAAACCGAAUGCAAGGCGAUAUAAUUAAAAAAAAAACAAUGUAAAUUUUAUCUCAAAUUUUUAUAUUUUUUUAUUAUUUAAACAAGAACGAUCAAAAGUUUUGACAUACUGAUAUCAAAAAUAAUUAUUUUACUCCCAUGGAAAUUGAAUGUAAGUAAUAAAAAUUAUAUUUUUAGAAUUAGUUGGGAGUGUUGCGAAAUUGAAAGACAUAUUAAUGCUGAAUAUUAUUAUAUUACUUUAGUUAUAUUUACUUCUUACGAACAAUCUCAAUUAACAUUAGGUUGUGUGUAUCUAAAUUUAUGAGACAUAAUCUUGAUUAUAUAAAAUUUUUGAUUUCAUUUUUACUCCAUGUACAUUUUUAUAUCCAUGUACAUACGAAUGUAUAUAUAUAUAUAUAUAUAUAUAUAUAUAUAUAUUAUACUUUCCCGAAGUAUGAAUACAGGAAUAAACCUGAUGUUUUCAUUUUGUAAAUUGCAUACACUUAGGAAAAUAAACAAAUAAUUUGCUAUAUUUUAUGAGAAAAAAAAAACGGCGCAGGGCGCAAUUGAAGUGGAAUUUAACUCAUGACAGGUUGAAUAAAGAGGUAAUAUAGAAAGUUUUAAGAAACAAAUUUAUUGUUUUAACAUUCUUCAUUUGGAAACUAGUCAAAAUAUAAGCAGCCUUAACUUUGUAGUAAGAUUUUAGACUUUAAUACUUAAAGUAUAAACUAUUUUAAUACAACUUUUUAAUCAAACUUACAAUGUCACUUCACGGAAAUAUGUAAAAGAAAUGGCUUUGUACUUAGGUUUAAUAAUGAAAUCCAUGCAUGCAUAAUCAGGUAAAAUUGAAGAUAGGUGAAAAUCUUUUAGCUUAUUUAAUGAAGGGGAUUUAACUUCCAUUAAGAAAAAAAUGUGCAGUGACAUUCCUAUAUAUGUUUAUAAGGCUGGCAUAGAAUUUGAUCACCAAAUCAGUUAGAGUAUUUCAGUUAUGUGAGAACGUUAGGAUGUUUUUUGAGUUCCUGUUUUUGAUGUUUUUUUCUUAUUUUUAUCACAUUAAAUCUAUUGUGUAUUGAGUCCGAUACUCAUGUAGCACAUGAUCCGACAUUAUCGUGAGUAACAAAUCAAAAACAAUUAAAAAAUUGACAGCAUAAUAAAUGUAUUGAAAAUUUGUACGUACCAUCUUGUACACCUUUUUGAGUAUUCUCCAUAUAUUCUCAAUAGGAUUAGGACUAUUCAAGAUACUGAGUUACAAUCCUAGCCAUAUGUUAACUCGCAUUAUUUUGCAUUAGCAGAAAACAUUGUCAAUAAAUCACGCAUAUUUCAUCAUAUGAUGUAGGAUCUCCGUUAUGUAUCUGUCUGCUCUUAAUAUAGGCCUAUCUCAAUCAGGACGAUAUCCGUGUAUAUCUCAAAAGAAACACCUACCCAAAACAUUACUAAGCCUAUACCAAAAGCAACCCGGUGUGACCGAAUACAUACGUUUACAGUCCUUCUAUAGACCCCACUUGAUUGAUAUUCUACACUCAUCUGUAACAAUACUUUUUUCCAAUUGUCUAUUGUCCAAUUGACUUGUUCAAGGACAAAUGCAAGUCUGCGUAUUUUGUGAGCAGCAGGAAGUAAUAGCUCCGUUGCUGGACUGCUAGCUGUCUGCUGGUCCUUGAGCUUACUGAAGAUUUGAAUUAAGGAAUUCUGAAAUUCCUUAUCACAAACGAUCGAUUUGAUUUCGAUCCACAAGUUUGAUUGAUUCGAUAAUCAUUAUUUUAGACCUAAUAUUCAAUACAUAUUAUCUAGUUGGAGACCCAAUUAUUUUCUUUUUGUUAAGAAGUGUGUGAAGUAUUGACCCUUCAUGGCAGAAUGUUCUACAAAUGAAUGUAAAAUACAACAUUUUCACAAGAAUACUUCUUUGUCGGAUACUGGCUUAUUUGUUAAUGCCGAUCAUGGAGAUUGAGCUGCAGAAUUAAGAAGUAGGAUGAAGAAUUCCAUAUUUUUAUAUGUAAGGUCAUUGUGCAAAACUUUAUUAAACGCUUUUGUGACCUUUACCCCAAGACAUUUACAUCCAAUUUUUGAUAAAGCCAUGCAAACGAAAUUUAAAGAAAAUGGUUUGGCAGGAAAUUUAAAAUAUAAUUUUUGUAUAAAAUUUGACAUAUCAUGUGGCAUGAUAAUUUUCUAAUACAUUUUAGUAUACUAGAUGUGACAAUAAAAAUUUGAAAAUGUCUAACUAUCUGUACUUAUGUAUAGUCCUACCUUCUUUUAAAAUGUAAUAUAUAUUGCGUCUAACAAGGGGUUAAUAAAUUGCUACUGCCUAAGAGGAAGUGGAUGGUAUAAAAUAAUUAGAGACUAAAAAGCUUAUUCACUCUAUCUUUAAAUCACAUUUUAAUUUACAUUUUAUUUCGUCUGUAUAUUUGUUUUUAGAGAAUGUUGAACCUAUUAUAUGAAAAAGAAUACAUUUUUAAAAUUAUC